AUGUCACAAUUGAUACCGCUUUAUGAUUUAAAUCAACUCAACGAUUUCGUUGAUCUCCCACUUCCAACUAUUGUUAAAGCUAAAGCCGGACAUGAUUACACUGAGAUCGAUUCUAACCUCAGAGAGUUUAUCGCAGAAUAUCCUCAAAUUAGAUUGGCCACAUUUGAUAUUUAUGAGCAAAGAGACAUUGCUAUGGAAUUGAGUAUCACUGACGCCCCAGCUUUCCUCUUGUAUGAAUCAGGUGAAAUUAAACAUAAAAUUACAGGUGAUAUACCAGGACAAGUCCAAGAAUUUAUCGAGAAAGCAGAAGAAGCGCUUCAUUAA